AUGGCUCCCAAAGCGCUGAAACCUGCGCUGAAGCCACAGUCGCGGAGUGACCGAGCCGCCAAGAUCGAGCUGUGGGCCCUGGUGAGUUCCAGCGUCGUAUGGGCUUGCGGGCAAUGGAUUGUCGCGCCGGCCUUGCCGUAUUUUGCCAUGGCCAAAGGCGCCGGCCCUUCGAGUGGGGAUGAUCGAGUGAACGCGAAGGGGCCGAUGGAGUGCAUGCGGCCUGGGUACUUGUUGAUGGCCAGGGUGGAAACCGUGUUGCAAUUGCUGCUGGCACGAGCCACUCUGGGAUUUCUGUCUGGCGCUGCUGCAGUGGAAGUUGCCUUCGUUGCAGACUUGACUUCAAAGUCAGAUCGAGCAGACUGGGUCAUGACUCACUUCGAAUUUGAGCACCUUUGUUAUGCCAUUGCUGUUUUGGUCAUGCUGAACUUCCUCAUAGGCACCAAUGAACUUGGCUUCGCGUUGCUGCGCAUGUCCCAGAUGACCUACGACCGCGCAGACGUCCGCGACUCAGUUGGAGAUGAGUGGAGAGGUUCCUUCUCGGCCAUCGGUACACGGUACAUCACGGUACAGAUCAGCUGGUUGGCUCCCCAUGUGAUUGGUUUCUUCCGGCCCAAUGUGCUUUGCACUGUCUCGUCCAUGGCGACAGCCGCGGCCAUGGCCACUGGGCGUUUUCCGACUGGGCCCCGCGCCGGCGUCAGCCGGUCUCACACAGUGAAUGUGCUCAUGAGCACGGAACGAUCUUGGUGGACACCAUAUCUCUACGCCACUCUCUUUGGUUGCACUGCCACCAUUGUGGAAGUGGUCAGCAAGACCAGUUUGGUCGGGCAAUUGGUGGCUGAAAAGCAUCAGGCCGCCGUCUAUGGAAUGGAACGUGGGCUGCUCAAUCUGGGCUUUUCCAUGGGACCACUGGUGGGAGGAGCCAUCUAUGAGGAUUCUUUCGGUUUGCCAUACACGGUCUCGGCGUGUUGCCUUUGCGUCAGCAGCCUGGUGUAUCUCACGUUGCCUGGACGCCCGGGACCCGGAGGCGCGCUGCGCUCGGCGUGCUCGGCGCGCAGAGCGCCGCCGCGCGAAAGGGCGGUUCCGGAGGGUGGACGAACAGGACAGAGGUUGACACACAUGUUGAUGUACUCGUACUUAUCAAUUGACACGAUAUUAUCAUACAUUAUAUAUGGAAUAUGGACGUACUUGCGAGGUACGAGCAGGACCUUUGAUGGUGGCAAAUAUCAGCGGUAUAGCUUGCAGCAGUACAAACGCAGUAUAACAAUGAAGCUCAGGUCGAAUGAACAUGUUAAGAAGUCCUUAUACCCGCAGCGUGGAAGUCAUGGGAACACUUUCCGGAGUGUUAUUUUUCGAGUGUCCACGCGCCACGCUCCUCGUGUUUUUCCCCAAGCAGUUUACUGUUAG